UCCAAAUCGCCAUCACGGUGCGCACCGAAAGAGACAUAUAUAUACACCUGAGUAGUCAUUGGACCUGAUCCGUCUCCUAGAUCUCGAGUCUUCGUUUCAUCUGCAACCUCGUGAUACACAUCUGACACAGCUCAAGGCAGCGAGCGCUCUUCCCAAGCUCUCUUCGCCCGCUCUUGCUCCGCAUAGACGGCACGAACAAACCCUGUCAUCCACCUCAGCACGCCGUGGUUGUUCCAUCUAUUGGCCAGGGCUCGGAAUACAAAAGAAAGCUCGCAGAAUCGAGCUUCUUGCGCUGCGCAAAACCCCGACUCGUCUGGCAUGGUGGAUGGUAAAGCAGCUUUAGCAGUGCCGACCGGCGACGGAGGUCCUAGUGGAGCAGCUGGCGCGAGCGCAGCUUGGCUAGGAUCUCAAGCGGAGCGAAGAUGUUCCGUGGAAGGCCUUGGAGACGAAGAUGAUCCUCACGAGGACGAUGGAGCAUCCAGCAGAGAGAGGAAGGGUGGGAAGGUGAAAGCGGAUCAAACUGCAGAAGAGCCAUACUCGACGUUCAGCUCUCCGCAAACACACAUCAUCAUCGCAGCUGCUACGCUCGCUGCAUUUUUAUCGCCUCUCACUGCCAAUGCCAUCCUGCCCGUGCUAUCUGAGAUCUCGAGAGACCUCAAUGUCCCCAUCGAAGAUGCGACGCUUUCCGUCACCAUCUUUGCCGUCGGUCAAGGCAUCUUCCCGCUCAUCUUUGGAUCGUACACCGACCUUGCAGGGCGGAGACCCAUCUUCUUCAUCUGCCUCAUCAUCUACGCAGUCGCAAACGUCGUGCUGGCCAACCUGCCUGACAGCUAUCCCGGCUUGCUAGUCCUCCGACUCAUUCAAGCCAUGGGUUCAGCAAGCCUGAUUAGCAUUGGCGCAGGUGCCAUUGGGGAUGUGAUCCCUACGCAUAGGCGAGGCAGAGCUUACGGCAUCUUUCAGGCUGGCAUAGCUGGCGGGCCUUCGAUUGGGCCCAUCGUUGGCGGUAUCAUUGGCGAGGAGGCGGGCUGGAGAGCGAUCUUUUGGCUCCUGUUUGCUUUGGGCGCGGUGGCGCUGCUCUUGCUAGUUCUCUUCCUGCCCGAGACUCUCAGAUCUCUUGUGGGCAAUGGCAGCACCCCUCCACCGACGGUGUGGCACGAAGCUCUGUGGACGCUGAUUCAAGGCAAGACGGUGUCCCAGCUCAAGGGGGAAAGGCGAAAGGGUUGGCCCUCAGAUCCCUCUCAUGCAGGCAUGAGCCGCAGUAGAAGAAUUCUAUCUUACCUCUCCAGACCUCUCAAGCCUCUGCGCUUAUUUGCCAGGUACGAAAUCACCUUGCUACUAAUCAUCAACGCCAUUCCGUACGCCGCAUUCUACUGCUGGACAACAACGAUCAGCGACCCGUUUGCUGGUGUGUACGGCCUCAACACCUUGCAGAGUGGUCUGAUCUUUCUCUCUAGCGGAAGCGGAACGGUGCUGGCGAGCAUUUUGAGUGGUUGGAUCAUGGACCAUGACUAUGCGACUGCUAAGCGAAAGGUGGAAGCGCGGUCGAAGAGUGACGUGGAGGCCAACUCGUGUGAGAAGGGUGCAGAUCAGACAGACGCUGCUGCCAACCUCUCACCGCAUAGCGAGCAGAGCAGGAUCAAAGGUAGAACAGAUGACGGCUCCAACGAGGCUACACGAGAGGCUCUGCAUCCUACUGCUUCUCGUCGCACCUCUUCCACCGCGCAUGCCUCGGCGGCGGUUGCCUUGCCCACGCCACCAGCCAAUCAAGCGGUCCCGCUCGAAGCUGCGCGCUUCAAGAGGUACCCCAUCUACAUCUUUGUGGCGAGCGCGACAUUCAUCGGCUACGGCUGGUGCCUCCAAUCAGAAGUGCACAUCUCCGUUCCCAUCAUCUUGUUCUUUUUCAAUGCUGCCUCGGUCGGAGGCAUCAUGGCUAUCACGCAAGUCUUGUUGGUCGAUUAUCUCGCUAGUCAAGGUGCUUCUGUGACUGCUUGCAACAACCUGUGCCGCUGUUUGUCCUCUGCUGUAUCAACCGCCAUCAUCCAAUACAUCCUCAAGGGCAUCGGAAGGGGUUGGACAUUUACCCUACUAGGAUUGAUCACGCUCGCUUCCGCACCCUUGGUCCCAUUGACCAUUAUCAAGAGCCCAGGAUGGCGAGCAAAGAGAGAGGCGGAGAGGCUAGAAGCGGCGGAGGAGGCACAAUUGAGCGGCAAAGGCAAAGUAUAAAGUUUCGCCAUAUCCGUAUUUCCACGACGCAAUUUUCAACUUCUGUAACAUAGAUAACGAAUCUUGAAUAGGACAGCAAGAGCCCCAGGAGUUCGCGGUUCUCACUGUUCAUGGCCCCCCUUCAAAUGAACAACUCUCAUUGCGAUGCGAUGGGACCAUCGCGGGCCCAACAUUGGGUGCGCAUCAUCUGGGUGUCUAUCACUUGGUUC